GAAGCAUCAGCAUCCGAUAACCCGGGGCAAAUAAGUGAUCAUCAUGUUCGUGAAAAGUUCGUUGGUGGUGCUGGUGCUGGUGAUCGGGACGAUCCACGCUGCUCCACCGCAGAAGCCGUACGAGAAGCUGUCGGCACUGAAGGCGCGCUCCGAACAGCAGGCGGUGGACCGGAACGACAGUUCCCCGGCUUCCGGUUCGUCGGCCGAGCAAGACAGCGAGGAGACGCUGGAGAAAAUCCAGGCCAAGUCGGCCCAGUACUCGUACGACUCGUCGGUCAACGAUACGAUCAACGACCACACGAUCCAGCGUCAGGAGGAACGCAACGGGCUAUCGUUGAAGGGCAUGUAUUCCUACAGUGAUGGGUUCUUCAAGCGCACGGUUCACUACGAGGCCGACGAUAAGGGCUACCGGGUAGUGAAGGAGAUCAACAUCCCGAUCGGAAACGGGCCACAGGUGAAUCCGAAGGGCAAGGCGGACGUUUCGUCCUCGCUGGCCGGCUCCUAUUCCAUCACGGCGUACGAUAUUGCGAAGCCGCAGCGAAAGCAGGCCGUAGUGGCCGACUCGGAAGAAGCUCCGGCGGACGACGCCUCGAACGAGAGUGGCGCCGAUGACAAACAGAGUGUAUAGAGUGUGCUCCUGUCCAG